AUGUCCACUUCUCCAAUCACUAAUGACCCCAAGGACAUGCCUCCUGGCCGUUGCCUCGAGAUCCUUUGGUGUGAGGCAAUGCAGAACAUCGAGGCCGCUAAGGGUCAAAUCCUUGUCCCCAAUAACAUCGUCCGGAAUGUCCUCGGCAUGGAUAACCUCCAGGAGAUGUACAGGCGAUUGUGCAACAUGAACAAUGGAAUUGCUUACAUGCACUUCGACGAGUCUUUGGACUCCUGGUACCUUAGCACCACAGACAAGGACCGCAAUGAGAGAACGCCGGCUCCGGAACUGCAAGAUUACAGCAUCAAAGAGGCCAGCAAGGCUAUUUAUCGGUUUGCCAACCUGGUUACACCCCCGAAGCCGAAUUGUUUUGUUCUGUAUCGUCAGGCCAACCAGCGUCUUGUCAAAGAGUCCAAUCCCGGCGCGUCCAACGACGAUAUCAGUGAGAAAGAUUGGAUUGAAAUUAAUCGAAGAAAACGAAAAAUGUCAACGACGCGAUCGGGCAAGAGAAGAAUACAGCCCGACGAAGAACCGGAGGAGACCCACGAGCAUGGCGCUCCUUUGCCGCAGACUGGAGAGGCAACGCAGCCUUCCUUUUCCGCGAGAUCCACGCCGGUACCGGGUCCGUCCAGCGUACCGCGACAGCAGUAUGAACUGCACGUCCGCACCCAGACAAAAGAGCCGUUGAUUAUCCGCGACGAGGAGGCAUUGAUCUCUUGGAUUCAUGCAGACUCGAACCACGCACUCGCGUACCUGACGUUUGUCCAGCAGCAACGCCAAUUGCUCACAGAGAGAGUACGCGAACUGGAGAGAACCGCUUCCUCGCCCGCCACACAGACUUCGUCGGGAGGAGGGAAGCGCAGUGCGAAGGUGCCAGAUGCCCCAAUCUUAGAUGACGGCGUCAGUGUAAAGUUCACGCCCUGGCGACGUGCGGUCGAAAACAAGCUGAUGCUGAAUGCCGACCACUAUCCGUCGGAGAGACACCGCAUGGCCUACGUCUCUACUCGUUGUGCGGGUAAAGCUCAGGCACAGCUUCAACCGAGUCUAGACCCCACGGUCUCGAACCGAUACAAGACCGCGGUGGAGAUGCUUGAUCAUCUCCAAAUCGUUUUCAAGGAUCCCAUGGAGCGACAGAUCGCCAAGGGACAAUAUGAGAAAUUGAAAAUGAAAGAGGGUGAGAGCUUUAACCUCUUUUACGGGGAAUUCGCCCGUCUGGCUCUCGAGUCGAAGACGGACGAAGAGCUUCAGAAGGGAGAUCUGUUCGAAAAACUAGUGCCGGAUCUUCAGACGCUGACGGUGUCGGACGCGUUUAAUGACCGCGUGACACUCGAGGAGUUUGUGGACAGUUGCAGACGCAGCGCUCUAGGACUGUCAUGCAUGCAGACCACGACCCGAUUCCGAAAGUCCAGGUCGAGACCACACACGGAGAACGACAACAAGGGUUCUCUCAACACAUUCCGAACGACGACUCCCAGCGGGGAGCAGAAGCAGAGCCUGACGUAUGCUGAGCGGCAGGCACUUAUGAAAGAAGGAAAGUGCUUCGUUUGUCGUCAGCAGGGACACCUCAGUCGGGACUGCCCAGAAAACAAAGAUGGGAAUGGUGGGGAGGCGAAGACGGCGGCAGUAAGCGCCACAGAAAGGCGUCUCAGGGAUGCCGAGGAUUCGGACUCGUCGUCGAGUUCGGGAAAUGUGUGA